CGGGCCCGGCGGCGGGCGGGGGCGCGGCCGGGAUGAGGGAGGCGGCAGCGGCAGCCGGGGCCGCGCGGAGUCGGCAGCACCAUGGAGACGGGCGGAGGCGGCUUCCUCGUGCCGCUACUGCUGCUGCCGCUGCUGCUGCCGCCCGGGGCCGCCGCCGAGGAGGUUGUUUUGCUGGAUUCUAAGGAGUCACAGGCCGAAUUGGGCUGGACGUCGCACCCAUCGAAUGGGUGGGAAGAAAUCAGUGGAGUGGAUGAAAACUACAAGCCGAUUCGUACCUACCAGGUCUGCAAUGUCAUGGAGUCGAAUCAAAACAACUGGCUGCAGACAGGCUGGAUUGCCAGGCGCAGUGGCCAAAGAAUCUUCAUUGAGCUGAAAUUCACCCUGAGGGACUGUAACAGCAUCCCUGGAGUGGUUGGCACAUGCAAGGAGACCUUCAACCUCUAUUACGUUGAGUCAGAUUCUGAUCUGGGCCGCAGUAUCCGUGAGAACAAGCAUACAAAAAUUGACACCAUUGCUGCUGACGAGAGCUUCACCCAGGGGGACUUGGGCGAGCGCAAAAUGAAGCUGAACACAGAGCUGAGGGAGAUUGGGCAUUUGAGCAAGAGAGGCUUCCACCUGGGCUUCCAGGAUGUGGGUGCUUGCGUGGCUCUGGUUUCCGUGCGGGUUUAUUACAAAAAAUGCCUCUCCACGGUGCAGAACUUGGCGGUGUUUCCAGACACUGUGGCAGAAGCAGCAUUUGCAACCCUGGUGGAAGUUAAGGGCACCUGCGUCAAUCAUUCUGAAGUAGACCUGGAUAGUCCUCCCAGGAUGCACUGCAGUGCGGAGGGGGUGUGGCUAGUCCCCAUUGGGAAAUGUGCAUGUAGUGCUGGCUUUGAAGAGAAGGAUGAUGGGUGUGAAGCUUGCCCUACUGGAUUUUAUAAGCUAUCCCCCCGACUCCCUCUCUGCUCUCCUUGCCCUGAGCACAGCUUCACACAUCGAGAAGCCUCCACGUUCUGCACGUGUCAGAAGAACUACUCCCGGUCCCCAUCAGACCCGCCAUCUGCCUCCUGCACCCGUCCCCCCUCUGCUCCAAGGAAUCUCGUCUACAGCCUGAAGCAGUCCACGCUGGUUCUGGAAUGGAGCGCACCAGCAGACUUGGGCGGCCGGACCGACGUCACCUAUAACCUCCUUUGUGACCGCUGCUCGGUGGCUCUCCGGCGGCAAUGCGAGCAGUGUGGCAGCAGCGUUGGCUUUGUGCCCCAGCAGACGGGAUUGGUGGACAGGACCGUUACCCUGGUGAACUUGCUACCACAUGUUAACUACACUAUCCGGGUGGCAGCUGUCAAUGGCGUCUCUGAUUUCAGUGACUUGUCAAAGCCGCAGUACGUGGAAGUGAACAUCUCCACCAGUUUCACAGCACCAGCUCUUGUCACUGACAUCCACACAGAUAAAAUUGAACAGAAGAGCAUUUCCUUGUCAUGGCAGGAGCCGGGCUUCCCAAGUGCCAGUAACACUGAAUACGAAAUCAAGUACUAUGAAAAGGAUCAAAGAGAUCAAAGUUACUCGACCGUGAAAACCACAUCGACAGCCGUGACAGUCAGUAACCUCAGGCCUGGCACGCUCUACGUCUUCCAGGUCCGGACGGCGUCAGCCAAUGGUUAUGGAAACUAUAGUCCUGCCAUCGAAGUGGAGACCUUGGGGGAACUGACUGUGGCUCCCAGUGAGCAGAACCCUAUCAUCGUCAUCGUCGUGGUUGCGAUCGCUGGGCUGAUCGUGCUGGUUUCCAUGGUGAUUGGUGUGAUGAUCUGGAGGAGACAGUGUGGGUACAGCAAAGCCAGCCAGGACGGAGACGAGGAGCUGUACUUCCAUUUUAAGAUACCAACCAGGAGGACAUAUAUUGACCCUGACACCUGUGAAGACCCCAUGCAGGCCGUGCACCUCUUUGCCAAAGAGCUCGACAACUCGAGUAUCAAAAUCGAGCGGAUCAUUGGAACAGGAGAGUAUGGAGAAGUCUGCCGGGGAUGCUUGAAACUUCCCAGUAAGAGAGAGCUCCUGGUUGCCAUCCAGACCCUUCGAGCUGGCUGCUCAGACAAGCAGAAGCACGCCUUCCUGGCAGAGGCUAGCACCAUGGGCCAGUUCGAUCACUCCAACAUCAUCCGCCUGGAGGGCGUCAUCACCAGAGGAAAUACCAUGAUGACUGUGAUGGAAUACAUGGGGAACGGAGUGCUGGAUUCGUUUCUCAGGAAACACGAGGGCCAGUUCACAGCCACGCAGCUGACUGGUAUGUUACAUGGGAUUGCCUCCGGCAUGAAGUACCUGACCGAGAUGGGUUACGUACAUAAAAGCCUUGCUGCCCACAAAGUCCUUGUGAAUAGCAACCUGGUUUGCAAAAUAUCAGGCUUCAGACAGUCCCAGGAAGAUAAAAUGGAGACCAUCUUCACCACCAUGGGCGGGAAGAGCCUGGUGCUGUGGUCAGCCCCCGAAGCCAUCCAGUACCAUCGCUUCAGUUCUGCCAGUGCCGUGUGGAGCUUUGGCAUCGUGAUGUGGGAAGUGAUGUCUUACGGGGAGAGACCCUACUGGGACAUGUCCAACCAGGACGUGAUAAAGGCCAUCGAGGAUGGGUUCCGGCUGCCUCCCCCGAUGAAUUGCCAGCCCCCGCUUCACCAGCUCAUGCUGGAUUGUUGGCAGAAGGAUCGCAAUGAGAGGCCCAAGUUCUCACACAUCCACAAUAUCCUAAGCAAGAUGCUUCAAAACCCAGAGCCACUAAAAUGUACCACCUCCACUUGCACCAGAGAUGUCCUGAGUCUGGGAAUCACCUCAGUGGAACAUCAGAAAACCAUCCUGAGUGGGAUCCAGACCCUGCGAGCCCAGGUGAUACAGAUGCACGGUCGAGGCGUGCAGGUGUGAGCCCAGCAGGGACGGACGCUUUCAGAGCACUGACUUAAAACUCCCUGGGGACAAUGAUGCAGCAGGGCCGGGAGCUGGCCCCUAAACUGGACCAAAUCUCUGAGACUUUACCAAGAGCAGCUGUGUGAGUGGGAGGUAGGAAGUACAGGUCUGCUGCAAACUAGUCAUUCCAGAGUAGCGAGGGAGUCUAGGAAUUGGUGUUUCCUUCCUGGGGGUCUCCCUACAGCAGCUUUAGUGCAGUGUGCUUGGUUGGUUGUGUUUUUCCCCAGCAAUGUUUUGUAGGAUGAGAGUCAAGCUACAAUGCUGCUGUUUCACAUGGUACCUAGGUUAACAGGGUGGACUGGACACUUGUGUACUGGAUUUGACCGUGUUUUAGUAUCUAGUGUUCUACUGAUAAAUCCAUAGGUAUUUUUUAUACAAGCUGAUGUAUUUUACUGACCCCACGAGUACCUUCUGUUGUAUAGAGUCCAGAGCACAGCACACUCUAAUGGCCUAGCUUUGAAAGAUGACUUGGCCCAUCCAUUCCUGUCCCUCCAGAGCAGAUUCUGAAUUCCCACUCUUCCCCAGCGUGAUCCAUUCCAUUCCAAGGGUUCCCUCUUUAAGUCACAAAAAGUGUGUGAAAAGUAACUAAUUCAAACCAAACUGGCAGGCAAAAGUCCCCAAAUUCCAUCAGAAAUGGGACAGAUAAAAUUAGGGAGUCAGUAAUAAUUCUUCCAGCCUGUAUUAUUGAGAAGAACACAGCGUGUAUCUGUUCUUCUUCGACUGGACUCUGUCCAUUCUCACUCUUGGGACGUGCCCACAGCCACUCACAGAACAACUCUGGUUACAGGUGAGUAGCCUCCGUUUCUCCCCCAUAGACUGUCCCAACUAACUCCCUAAAACCGUUCUCUGGAGCAGGACUAGAAAUGGCUUCUCAGAAUCACCCUGUUAAAGCAUAGCACGAUGUUGACGUUUCACAUCACGGAUCAGUAUCCCACUAUGUCAGAGCCAGAGGGUGCAUCCCAAAGCGGGUCACUGGGUGUGAGAGGCCUGGUGCUGUAGCACCAGGAAGGGUUGGGCUGUGUGCGCUAUCUGGGAUGAGAACGCUCUACGCUGUUUGGGAGUUGGUUUGAUUAGCCACAGCUGGGGUGUCAGUUUGAGGUAAUUUCAAUGGUGGUGUUGCCAGAUUAGAUCCCAAGACAGGAAAUUCUGGCCAAAUGGUGGAAUUGGGUAUCCGAACGGAAUCAAUGAACCAAUGGGAUCUCUGAAACUGUCAUGAAAUCCAGACAAGGCAGGCAGCAUCAGCACCUUGUUUUGUUGUAAAUAACAGGCCCAGUCCUGCAUUCCUUGCACAUCAGACACACCCACUGUCCUCAGUCAGGGAUCAGACCCUACAUCACCAAUGGCAUUUGCUUAGCAGUACAAGUUUCCUUUAAGUUAGUUAAUUAAAUGGAUUUUUGCAGCCUGGAUUCAGUUGGAUGUACAGAGUUUUGUAGGCCUUUGAUUAUCAUCUAUAAGCAUUACAAGAGAAUUAUCGAUGAUGAAAGACAAAGAUUUACAAAGGGAAUUAAUGCAGUGGAAAGUAUUCAAAGCACAUUUUAGAAAUCUGUUUGCAUUGUGAUUCAGAUGUGCCUACUAGACUGCACCAUAGGGAUAGAAAACUAAAUUGAAACUAAAUACAGGACCUUAACUCCUCCUAUCCCCAGUAGCGUUGGCACAGUAUUUACCCACUGCCUGGGCAUCCUUCCUUCUGCUCUCGAUGAAACAAAGAGGCAAUCGUAUGUUUUAAUUUCUCUCACUGGCGUGGUGACGCUGCAGAGCCUGUUGCGUUGGGGAUCUAACACUUUUGUUCAGAAACAGAUACUCUAAGGCGGGCUUUUUAAAUUGUCCAUACUUGAGUAAAAUUCUGUUUCGGCUCAGGUGCUGUGAUCUGUUCAGAUUCCGGAGACCAAUGGUUUUGUUAGCAGGAUUUAGUUUUAUUCAGAUUUACGUUGGUUUUGUUGCAUUUCAAAGCAAAAGAGAACGUUCUUCUCGAGAGGGGAUUUUCUCAGAUAACAUUUCACAAACACUGCCUAUAAGGUGGGGAAUGAUGUGUACAUGUUUUGUGACUCUCUGUUGACAGUUACGUGGGACUUGGCUGGCUUGCUUUCUUGGUUAUUCUGUAUUGCCUCCUUGCCCCAUCAGGCUGGAUUUAUAUCUGUUUAGUUCCACAGAGGGACAGCAUGGCCCUGGGGAUGGAUGUACAGAGAGUGUUCAUCAUGUCACUACAUUAGAUCCUCUAGACGUGGCACCAAGAGGGUGUGUAUUUUAAGUAUAACAGAGGUCGCAGCUAAAGCUCUUUGUAAUGUUCCUGCCCAUAUAGAGGCUUUCGGGCAAUGUCACAUCCGAACUCUCCUGUCAAAGGGUCCUGAAUCCAGGCAGCUCAGACUGCGUGAGCUGAACUUGAGGAAGUUGCCUCCUUUCUUUGCAGGCUUCUGAAACAAAUUUUAAGCAAUUCCUGCUAGUAAAGGAAAGGAACAAUGGAGUAACCAGAGCACAAAUUGUGUGCAAAGCAAGAGAUAAGAAAUAUUGCCCUGUAGAGAACUGGAGCGGUCAUUUGUGCUACAAAUCUACGGAGCAUGCGGAAAUCAACAUGCCUUUCAACACACCAUUUCUUGGGGGAAUUGCUGGGGUCGGGAACUCUCCCUGAGGUAGACAAACUCUCUUCUCCUUGUCACUUCUUCUGUUAAGAAAAAUACACCUGCCCCAAUGUCACCUGGUUAACGUUUAAUGGAAAGAAUUUGUCUUCAGGGUUCAUCUAAUUCCAGCCCACGUAGUCAACAUCCUGUUGUUUCCUACCCAGACAAAUAAUAAUUGUGAACUGAAACCUUCAUUUGGUAGAAAUGCCAGAUCCUAAGGAUCAAGUGCAAUUUGUAUGCUCUUUAUGUUUACAUUUUAUCUAUAGAGAAAGUGUACUGUAGUCCUCUAGGUAAGAAAUUGAACCAACUUGAUUCCUGAUCAUUUCAUUGCAUUUGAAAUCUUCCCUUGGGUUCCCAGUAUCUGUAACCUCUUGGCUGUGAUCAUUUCUAAGGGUCGUGUGCACUCUGGAUGGUGUGCAGAGAGGCUGUGGUGACCAUUUCUGGAAUAACUGGGUCCAGCUCUGGGGUCUACUCUUUAAAUAGGUGUUGAAAAAUUGGAAAGGGCCCAGAGUACGGUGAGACAAAUGAAUUAAGGCCUGGAAAACAUGCCAUACAACAGGAGUCUAAAGGAGCUCAAUCUAUUUAGCGUAUUGAAGACAAUGUUAACAAGUGAUUUGUUCAUGAUCUGUAAGUACCUGCAGAGGGAAAAGCUACCUGAGGACUCGAAUCUAGCAGACAAAGGCAUAGCAAGAUCUCAUGGCUAGAAACUGAAGUCAGCAAAGUUCAAAGUGGAAAUCAAUUGCAGAUUUUUAGCAGUGACUCUAAUCAGCCAUAGGAACAGAUUGCCAAGAGAUGUGGUAAAUUCUUCAUCACUUGGAGUCUUUAAAUCAAAACUAGAUCUCAUUCCAAAAGAUGGGGUUGAACUGGAGCAUAAAUUGUUGGGUUAGAUGGAGGAAUCGCUGAGUGAGGUUCUCUGGCCUGUGUCGGGCAGGAGGCCAGACUAGGUGAGCGUAAUGUUCCCUUUGGCCUUAAAAUCUACCAUGCUAGCAGAGGAAGGCCUAACACGAGCCCAAGGGCUGGAAGUUGAAGCUAAUCAAAUUCAGACUGGAACUAAAGUGUGAAUAUUGACCCAUGAGAGUAAUUCACCAUUGGAACAUGGCAUUGAGGGUUGUGGUGGAUUCUCCGGCACUGGCCACUUUUAAACUGAUUGGAUGUUUGUCUAAAAGAUUCGCUGUUGGGAUUAUUUUGGGCAGUUCUCUGGCCUGGGCUAGACAGGAGGUCAGACUAGGUGAUUACUGUGGUCCCUUCUGGCCUUGGAAUCUGUCUCUAUAAUUGGCAGCUCUUGGAGCCAGAUGACUUGUAUUCUGGAACAUGUAAUCAGUCCACUGUCUAACCACGGAGCAGCGUUUACAGGGAUAUGGCUCCCCUGAGCUAGAUGUGUCCUGUGUUUAUAUCCAGUAGAAUACUAUGCUGCCAGCUGGGUGGACUGACCGACCAACUGGCAGACUACCUAGAGGCUUGGCAGUGGAGGAUAAAAGGCUGGGAAGUCCCAGUAGUGUUUCAGCAGCAAUGCUGCGGCUUGCGGGAUGGUCAAGUUUCUUGAGUCCUCAGAGAACCGAGACUGAAAUGGGAGGUUCCCUUCCCAGAAGAUUAAGCAUCAUUCCCUGUUGCCUAGGAAUGAUUCAGGUUCCUAUUUUUAGAGAAGCCCUGCACACCUAAAAAUGGCAACCUUACUAACCUCAGAUCUACUUUCUCUUCAAUCAGUGCAGAGGCUCCAGGAACUCAUUAGCCAAUAGGUAGGUGACAGUAGGCUGAUUAAGGAAGGAUCUGAUUAAUUCAGAGCGGCAGGAGGGGGACAGUCAGCGCACAGCUGCCCUCUUAGCCCCAACUUCUUAAAGGGCCUCCUGUCUCAUCAGUUAGCUGUGUACUGAGGGGCAAGUCACAGCUCCAUUGACUUCACCAGAGUGACGACCAUUUAUGGCAGCUGAGGAUCUGCUCCUACGUUCUGAAACACCUGGUUUAACGUAGUUGAAAAAAGUUCUGUCCCUUCUUCUCAAUUAUAAUCAGAAUUGCAAACUGCCUUGUCUCAUGUUAGGUGGACUCUACCUGUUUCCAGAGUGAACCUGGGAGUUUAAUUACUUUGCUAACUAACUCUUUUGAGGGGCUCAGGCUUGGUCAUUGGAAGGGCCUCUCUGUUAGUCCCAUCCAAAAGCUCUGUACUGUGUCUGUCAACAGAAACAAGACAUAACAUUGCCCAGGUCAGAGAACACUUUCCUUGAUCUGAACAAUAAACUUCUUUAACUGGGCUCCCUCAUCAACAGUGCAGCCACUAAACAAGAUGAAUGGAAGACGACAUUGAUAGGGCCCUACCAAAGUCAUGGUCCAUUUUGAUGAAUUUCAUGGUCAUAGGAUUUAAAAAAUUAUAAAUUUCAUGAUUUCAGCUAUUUAAAUCUGAAAUUUCACAGUGUUGUAAUUGUAGGGUCCUGACCCAAAAAGGAGUUUGGGGGGGGGGGUUGUGGUACUGCUACCCUUACGUCUGCAAUGCUGCUGGCGGGGUGCUGCCUUUGGAACUGGGUGCCCGGCCGACAUCCACCGCUCUCCAGCCACCCAGCUGUGAAGGCAGCACAGAAGUAAGGGUGGCAAUACUGUGACCCCCACCCCAAAUAACCAUGUGAAACCCCUGCAACUCCCUUUUGGGUCAGGCCCCCCCAGUUUGAGAAAUGCUGGUCUCCCCCUUGAAAUCUGUAUAGUAUAGGGUCAAAGCACACGGAAGUCCAGAUUUCACAGUCCGUGAUGCGUUUUUCAUGGGCAUGAAUUUAGUAGGGCCCUCGUUAUAGAUGAUUGUUAUAUUUUUAAUAUUAACUUCUAUCCCAUUAGUAGCUAAUCUUUAGGGCUGUGUUCAUUGCCUUAUAAUUAAAUGAAUUAGCAACACUGUUUUUCAGCUGCUCGACCAAGGGGAUUUAUUCUCUUUCCCAUCCAAUCUUGGACACAGUGAGAACCGGCUUCCCUCCUCUGUUAGUCACAGGGAUGCCCUGAUCACUUGGGCUGUAAGGAAGGUUUAAUGCUUCUGCCCCAGUACUCCCUCUCUUUCCCAUGGGGCAUCAGUGUAAUCUGACCUAUGGCAAGAAGAAUAAAGAACACUUUUUGGUCAUCAGCAGGCUUUACUAGAGCUAAUAAAUGCAAUUACAACAGGAUUAGAUUGUGGACGUUAAUGCGGCCAAGGCACCGAGUGUCUGUGUGUGUGGCAGAAACCACUCCCAAGUAGGAUUGUGCUCUGGUCUCCCUUCCCCUCCCCUGCUCCAGGAGUGGAAAAAACCACUGAACCCAAAUCGGAGUUCCUUAGCUUGUCCCAUUGGCCAAAGGCGCCUCACUGCCAUAAGCCAGGCCGCAGUUCUGUACCUCUGUAGGUAUGGGGCCGUUACCUUGUAUGUAAACAGCUGAGCUCCCAGUGGUCACAUGCUGGGUGCGUUUCCUCAGCCAGGGCUCUGGCUGCAAGCAUGAAACAAACAGAACAGCCGUUCGAUCCCAGAUGUCCUUCCACAGAGCAAAGUGACCCAAAGAACUUAACACGCAAAGGCUCUGUGACCUCCUCAGGCGCAAAGACUUUGUCAGCGUCUGCAUUGGCAAGUGACGUGGUGGCCAGUGAGAACCAGCAUUUCCCUGCAGGAGGGUGCUGAAAACCCCCAGGUUGUCUGGGUAAGUGAGGAGGACUUGUCAGGCUGGUAGGGGGUGUCCUGGUUCAGCACAUGCCUGUGUGGCCAGCAGGCCAUGCUCCCAGGGACGGAUUUUCUGCACCCAUCAUGCCUGCAGAAGCUGCGUUUUCUUAUGCAAGAGGUGCUCUUGGAAAGACACUGUAAUCUGAGUAACCAAAAAUUACUCCGGGCUCACAGGUCAAUUAUAUUUUUAGUGCAAACAAUUGGCCCUGAGUAGCAGCUUCAAUCCUCCCUUCAAAGAGGCUUAUCAGCAAUUGCUUCCUCUGUCCCUGCACGCUCCAGUGAAACAAUCUCUCCUCUGGAGGGGGAGCGGUGUCCAUCUGCCCACCUUCCAGGCUGCCUGUUCAAAUUCGCGCAAAGUUCCUUUGGGUGCCUCUGCAUUAACCUGCUAACAACGCUGUGACAAAGGGUUUUCUUUGGAUGAUGACGAUCGGAACAAAAGUACCGGUGCAAAAAGCACUCGACAGGCAAAGCUGCUCUUGGCAUGCUGCUAAUGCAGGGCGAUGCUAGCGGGAGGACUUAAUUCUGUUAAUUUACAAAGGAUAAACUUUGAUUCAGGUCUUGGCUGAGGGCUUGACAUGAGGCUGUUAUUCUCACACUUCGGCUUUUCCUUUUGUCACUUAGUCUCCGGCUCCCUUCUGGCGAGGAUUCUGUGCCUCGUGUGGCUGCCAGGGCCAGGGGCUCCUGGUACUUCUCAGGAAGAGUAUGGAGCACACCCGAGCAUGUCAUCCCCAUCUCCUGCUAGGUGUCUGAGCCUAUUAUUGGCUUCCUGAGACUCAUUUUUCCACUCCUUGCUCCGGUAGCAUAACUGCCAGCUCAACCCAUGAACAGGGAGCAACGUUUAAGGGCUUUUCCACGUAAUCCCUAACUAAUACCUCUCCAUUGGAAAUGCAACUCUGCCCGGGUACAGGUCAUUUGCCUGCAGCAAUCUGACUGUCCCGCGGCGGCAGGGGGGAAUAAUUGUACAGUGUCUCUGCUGUUCAGCUCCACCCGCAUUAGCUGCGUUAGGAGCCCGUGUGUGGCCAGGCUGCCAUCUGGCACCGGGGUCGGAGCUGGACUCCUCAACUUCUCUCCCAUUGUUUGUUAAACCCGCUUCUUGCAUCUUGUCUUCAGGCGGACAGGCCCUGUCCUGAAGGAUUUACCUGUGUGGGCCAUGCCCUGCACAAUGUGGCCCUAAUCUGAUCCGGGUCUCUGGACACUACCACAAUUCCCAUAAUCCCAUACCAAAGUGGGGCUGGGCAAGUGGGGUCAGGCAAACUGGUGUCUCUCUGCUGGGGGAUGCUGAAGGGAGGUUUUAAAGUAGGAAAACUAGCAUCAUAUUCGAUAGCGUUGGUACCCACGAGACCUGAGGGAAGGGACAGCCUGAAAUGAGGAUGGUCCAAAGUGCUGAGCUUAAAAGCACUCAGCACAAAUUAGCUCCAUUCUUUAAUUUAACAAGAGUUCGUGUGUUCAGACUAGCGAGGUAUUAAAUACUGCGUUCUCCCCCCCCCCCCCCCAAACCAAAAUUGGAAUCAAGUUGGUUCAGCAGUUUAGGUUUUUUGAUAUUCAUUAACCACAUGUGAUAUAGUGUAAAUACAUACUGGAAAAGUCAAUAUAUAUUUUUAUAAGUUUCAAACAAAUGUAAUAUAAGAACACAAGGGACACUGAACAUUUCACUAUUUGAAUUCUAGUCAGGUGUCUCCAGGAAUCACUAUUGUUUUGGAAUAAUAAUGUAAUUAAUAAAGCUAUAUUGACAUUUUUGUUAAUUUUGUAUGUAUUGACUCAUGUUUGAAGGUUGCAAUAAAGAGAUACUAUAUGCAUAAGUGAAA